AUGAGGAGAUUGUGGUCCAGAAGGAAGAGGGAUGGGCUUGAGGUCAUCCAGGGAGUCCUGGGUGGAGCUGGAGCCCCACCACCCCCACCACCGUGCCUGCUCCUGCUGAUGGGGGCUGGCUGGUUCGGGGAGCAGCGGCAUGUGGCCACAUGGUUCAACCAGCCAGCUCGCAAGAUCCAUAGAUGCAAGGCCCGGCAGGCCAAGGUGCACCGCAUCGCCCGGUGCCGCACUUCCGGUCCUCUCCGGCCGGUGGUGAGAUCCCUGACGGUCAGGUACCACGCGAAGGCCAAUGUGCAGCGGCUCAAGGAAUACCGUUCCAAGUUUAUCCUUUUCCCCAGGAAGCCCUCGGCCCCCAAGAAGGGAGACAGCUCUGCUGAAGAGCUCAAACUGGCCACUCAGCUGACCGGAUCUGUUAUGCCUAUACGGAACGUCUAUAAGAAGGAGAAAGCCAGAGUCAUCACAGAGGAGGAGAAGAACAUUAAGGCAUUUGCCAGUCUCCGCAUGGCCUGCGCCAACGCCAGCUCUUUGGCAUCCGGGCGAAAAGGGCCAAGGAAGCCGCAGAACAGGAUGUUGAAAAGAAAAAAUAAAGUGCUGUUGGCAACUUAUGAUAAACCUGCAGUGUCCAUGUGA